AUGUCCUCCCUUCGAUCCUGGUUCAGCAUUCCUCGCGGCUCACACUUCUCCCUCGCAAAUAUCCCCUUUGGCAUCAUCUCCACAACCGACUCGCAGAAACCCCGUGUCGCGGUCGCGGUCGGCGAUCACGCACUUGAUCUCGAAGCCUUCGCGGCCAGCAAUGGCUUCUCCAAACUCUCCUCCAUCCAGGCUCACCAAGCAGUCUUCUCCGAGCCCACGCUGAAUGCCUUUGCCGCCCUUGGCCGACCUGUUCGCGCGACUGUGCGUACAUACAUACAGACCGUGUUCGCCGAAGAUACAACUUUUCCAGACGUUUUGAAGCUAAAUAGUGAGGCGCAAAAGAGUUCACUCAUACCCCUGAAAGAUGUAAAGACACACCUUCCGUUUAAGAUAGGAGACUACACAGACUUCUACGCUGGCCUGAAUCAUGCAUAUAAUGUAGGCGUAAUGUUUCGAGGGCCAGAAAAUGCUCUGCAGCCAAACUACAAACACUUGCCAGUAGGCUAUCAUGGCAGAGCUUCCUCGGUCGUGGUAUCGGGGACGCCUAUAAGGAGACCGAACGGUCAGAUUCUGGAGAACCCAGCUGCAGACCCAAAGAUACCUGUAUUUUCAGCAUGCCGCAAGCUUGACAUGGAACUGGAGCUUGGGGCCUUUGUCACCAAGGCCAACAAGAUGGGGGAACCCAUACCGAUUGACGAGGCACAAGAUAGCCUUUUUGGAGUGGUUUUGAUGAACGACUGGUCUGCAAGAGACAUUCAGGCUUGGGAAUACGUUCCCUUGGGACCGUUCAACGCGAAGAACUUUGGAACAACGAUAAGCCCAUGGGUUGUGACAAUGGACGCUCUGGCGCCAUUCCUCGGUAAGGGCCUGGAGAAUGAUGCCGAAGUGCUGCCCUACCUCAAAGAGAAGAAUCCAAACAGCAUACCGGACAUCCAGCUGCAAGUGGAUCUUACAACCGACUCGGGAACUACAACCACCAUUACCAAGACCACAUCUCGAAACCUUCUGUUCUCGUUCCCUCAGAUGCUGGCACACCACUCGAUAACAGGAUGUCCGAUGAAAGUAGGAGACCUACUGGGAUCAGGAACUAUCAGUGGCAAGGAAGUAAAUUCUCGAGGCAGUCUGUUGGAGCAGAACGAGAAUGGAAAGAAAGACAUUGGACUGGCGGGUAUGGAAGUGCGAACGUUCCUGCGGGACGGAGACGAAGUGACGAUACACGGAGUAUGUGGGACGGAUCAAGAUGGGCUAGUAGGGUUUGGUGAAUGUCGCGGGACGAUAGAAGCUGCAAUCCGCAUUGCAAAGUAG